AUGACUGUGAAAGGAUUGGGGCCUCUAUCCUUUCGAAAUAAAACAUUAUCCAGUCGAUUGCAUGUUACUGGUAUACGAUCCUUAUCAACAACCUUGUUCAGAGCAUCGGAAGCUCAAGGUCGGUCAGUUCAGUUCAAAAGCCCAUCUCAAGCUAACACGCAUUGUUUUGGAACUAUAGACUCCCAAAGUCACCAAAAUACAGAGUCGAAGCAAGGAGAAAGCAAUCAGACAUCAGAGAAAUCCUCGAACCAAGAUAAUAAUCGCCGCACGCUCCCACCCACAGUCAAAACCGUCUCCCAAGCUGAUGCUGAGCUUCGCGAGCGGCUCGAACAAAUGUCUGGAGCAGGAGGGGCCUGUGGAAUUGAAUAUGAAGACGGCAAACCGAAUGCAAUGAAGCGCGGCGUGCGAAACAACAUGUUCCGAUUAAUUUGA